UGAUCUUCCUUCUCUUUUUCCAGAUCUCAGCCUGGUGAUUCUUCGCAAGUAUGAGUGGAGGAGUGAACAUCAAAGUCGCAUCUCAGACUCAGAGCGACGCAGGUGUCGGCUCCGCUUUGCCUUUACCUCGAAGCGUGAUGCCUCUCUCAAAGAUGGAUCCCAAACAACAACAAUACGGCGGCCUCUCCAAUCCCACCACGCAGUAUCAGCACCCAGCCAAGAGGCGGCCUUCCUUCCCUUUAUCUUCUGUUUCCUCAGGUCCUGCAGAGCCGCUCAGAGGUGCAGCUUUAAAGAACCACCUGCUGCAACACAAAGCCGGCAUGCAUUAUCACAGAAGCCCGGCAGCUACAGAGCGAACCGACGGGACUUGCUCGGCCUACAGUAGCCCGCAGAUACCAAAGAGACAAGCCCCGCGCUCGAAAGACACUCUCGACCUCCGCACCAGCACGCUCACUCAGAAGGCUUUGAGAGACCUGCAGCUGAGACGAAACACAAACCAGAACUGGACCUUUGGGAAAUAUCGCCUGAGAAGUGUGGACAACGACGCCCUGUGCAGGCUCUCAGGCCAGGGAAGAGGACGUCUGCUUCACAGUAAAAGCACAAAUGGAAAUGAGGAAUCCGGGGUUUCUUCAGCCAGAGUGGGAAACAUCCAAAGAGAGCUGAGGAACAUCUCAAGCCAGGACGUGCGAGGAUGCAAAAGACUGGUGUCCAGUAACAACCAAAAGUCUUCUUAUCAAACAUUCAACAUGCCAUGUCGAGCCAGUGAACCAGGGCAAGUCAACAUGGCUGCUGUUGCUCCCUUCAGGUUCAGAUAUCAGGUCCGUGAGGACACAGAUGCCACCCUUGAUGAUCUCAGUGACUGUUCAUCCGACUCCAUGGAGGUCUGCUGUGACGAUCUAGCGUGGCAGUUGUUCUCACCAGAGCCGCUGCCAACUCCCAACGAACGCUUCAUACUGCAUGUGGAUGCUGGGGAGGUGGUGGGGUUGAAAGUAAUAGGGAAGUACUGGUGA